AAUGUUCAUUGCUAACAAUAGUAAUGAUUAAAUUGAUGUUGAUCAGUGUAGUUAUAAUGAUAAUAUUAAUUGUCCAUGGCGAUGUUGUUGAUGGUAAAAAACCAUUGUACAUAAUCGGACAUAUGGCCAAUUCAAUAGACACCCUCAACCGUAUGCUUGAUGAAGGUGCCAACGCUAUCGAAACUGAUCUAUCGAUUUAUGAGGACAGUUAUGAUUAUUCGUGGGUAAAGGAUGACAGUACGGGAGGAGGAGGAGGAGGAUCGGGUAGAUAUACGGUAGACUAUGAUAAAUGGAUAGAUGCCAAAUUUAAUGAAUUAGUAACUUAUCAUGGUGAUCCAUGCGACAAAAAUCGCAAUUGCGAUGAAAUCCAUUGGCUUACUAAUUAUUUAGUAGAUGUUUCAAACAUAACAACACCAGGUAAUCAAAAUUAUCGUGAAAAUUUUUUGGCCCUAAUUAUCGAUUUGAAAAUUAGCCAUAUAUUCAAUCAUAAGCUACUGUACGGACUGGGCUAUGAAACAUGUUUUAUAGUGUCGCGUAUGUUAUUUAAAAACUCAAAUGUGGAUCAUAGUUAUAAACAAAUUGUCAAGGUGAUUUUUUCCAGCGAAUGUAUAGCGGAUAUGUAUGAUUUUUAUCAGGGAUGCCAAACCUAUAUAAAACAAUAUAAUGAUCGUAAGCUCAGGGAUUAUGUGGGCUGGGAUUUGAGUACUGUUGGCGAUUGUCGCUAUAUUAAGACACUGGGUCUAUGGGCUCUAUGGUAUAAUAAAAAAUCUCAAUUGGGACGUAUUGAACAUAUGUGGCUGGAUGAGUUUAACGAAAAAAAUGUUUGGCAAGGUGACGGUAUUACCAAUAGACACUACAGAUCGUUUGAUAUGAUCAAACAGGCAACCGGGGCCAGGGAUACAAACAAAGUAAUAAAAAAAGUAUACAGAUGGACUAUUGAUGAGCCCAGGGUCAAAAAGAAAAUCAUUUUUGGUAUUACCCUAUGGCAGAGCAACUCUAUAGGGGCUACAUUAGACAAUGAUGUUGACGGUGUGAUGACUAAUACCCCGCGCAAUAUUAUCAACUAUAUGAACAACCAUUGGUCACAUAAAUACUACCUGGCCACACAACAGGAUCCUAUAUUUCAAGUGGCUAAUUAAUUAAUUAUAUAAAUAUUAAUUAAUAUAAGUUUUAAUUAUUUUUUAUAUAUAUAUAAAUAUUUUAAUUAUUUUGAUAUUAUUAACAAUAAACAUAAUUAGU